UACGGCAACAUGGAUUCUCAAACCAUUGGUGCACUCUUGGAGUCUAUGAACUCCACCCAAAUCAUCAACACCCUUGAAUCUCUUCAAGCCUCAGGUUACAACUUGAGUAGCGUCGAUGUACCAGCUGUGAUCUCACAACUUAAUGUCACACAGGUUGAAGGUGUUCUUGCUUCGAACUCUACUGUCGUUAACGGAUUGCUCACUUCUUUGAAGCCAGCUCAGCUUCUUACAAUGAUUGCAAGCUUCCAAAACGUCACUUCAACCUUGUUCCUUGCCGCAAAGGCCGCUGAUAAUGAACAAGUUGCCCAAGCCUACGAAGAGCAAGGUACCACAUUGGUCACAUUGCUCAUGAACAAAGUUUCCACAGUCUUCACCGACUCUCAACUGCUCGGUCUCUUCAAGAUAAUGACCAAUGGUGCUGCUUACGGUACCGGUUCUAUGAAAUUGAUGUCAAUGGCUAAGGACCUGAUCAAAGGGUUCUUUGGAGGAUCUAUGCCAGCCGGAGUGGAAGUCCCAUCAAGAUUGGAAAGUUUGGUCAGAGCUAAGCAGCCAGCUAUCUUUGGUGACUACCCAACGAACUCUGACGUUGCCCCAUCUGCUGUUUUCCUCUCCAUCUUCGCCAUCAUUACAAUGUUCCACACUGGUUUGUUCAUCAAGAACUAUACUCUUGGUCACAAGUUCUUCGUCUCUCUCGGUCUGGCUUUCUAUUCCUUGAUGAGAACUUUGUCAUUUAUCUUGAGAUUGGCCUGGGCUAAACACUUCUUAAACUUGGACUUGGGAUUGACUGCCACCAUCUUCCUUGUCUUGUGUAUUAUCUUCUUGCCAUCUUUGAACUUGAUCCUUGCCCAGAGAUACUUCACUUGGAAACAUCCAUUGUACGGUUCCCAUAAGGUAUUCAAAGCUCUCAUGUACGUGAUCUAUGCAUUGGUUGUUGGUGUUGUCGUUAUGACCAUUGUUGCUGCUGCCGUUCAAACCAUUUAUUUGCUCUCUGAACACCACUUCAAUAUGACUAAACAGGUUAUUCAAGCCUCUUCCAUCUUGAUCACAAUUUACUCCGUCAUUGCUGCUGUUUUGGUCUUCCUAUCCUUUGUCAUUCCCCCAACGAAGAAGGACCAGGAAAUCAUCACAUACCAACCAUAUUGGAUCAAAUCCUUCAAGUGGAACUACUUUGUUCCAAAGGGUACUGCCCAGAGGGAGGAACAACUCAUCACUGAGGAUCAAAGACACGCUGUCAGAAUCAUCAACUCUUCAGAGUAUCACUACGAGACUACACAUAACGCCGAGGAGCACCAAUCCGAGCAUCGUCUGCAUCACAACUCUUCCAUUUUCAUCAUAUCCUUCACCACAGUGCUUUUGCUCAUUAUCAACCUUUUCAGAACCGUCUCCACGUUCAUCGACCAAUACCACGAGCACCAAUCUUGGAUCUUUGACCACACCGUCAUGUACGUCAUGUUCGGUGCACUUGAAGUCAUCAUCAACGCUACCUACAUCGUUGGUAGAAUCGACUUGAGAUUCUACAAGCCUGACUCUUUAAAGAACAUUGUUCUCCAGUCAUCAUCUUCGUCUGACUCCAAUAUCCCAGAGACCAAGAGUGCCGAUGGGGUCUCUGAAGGUUCCAGUAUCCAACAUGACACUGAGAGAGCUACAGACGCUAAUUAAAAACACACACCACGUCUCCGUACGACCUCUCUCUUAACGAACUUUUUUACUCCAUCUCUGUUUUCUACCUAAAACUAAUUAAUAUCACAUUUCUCUGUC